ACCUGCCCGCCUCACAGGCGGUUCCGCCGGCCUCCGGGCGCGGGCCGAGGCCUGCCCGCUUGCUCAGGGAGGAGCCAACAGCAUCUGAGGCGGCGGCCAAGGCCUUCACCCGGGAGGCGCUGCCUGAGGCGGAGCGGGCCGUCACAAAGCGGCCGCGUCAUUAGGACAAUAGCCUCUCGCUGGGUUCUGCCUCAGUCCCUUUGGCUGCCGCCGCCGCUGCCGCCGCCUCCUGCUGGGUGUGUGAUUGUGAGGCGCAAAGGCGAAGCGGGAAAGGAAUUUCUCCCUCAGUCGACAUGAGGACACCGCCUCCGCUGCUGCUGGGGCUGGGCUUGCUGCUCCGGGGACUGGGCGCAGCGGGAGAGGGACUCGGUGAGCGGCAGCACUACGGCAGCGACGGCGAGCAUCGGCCGGACUAUGACCGGGAGGCGCUGCUGGGGGGCCAGGAAGAAGUGGAAGAGUUUGCCAAGCUGAGUCCAGAUGAGCAACAGAAAAGACUGAAAGGUAUUAUAAAGAAGAUUGACACGGAUGCUGAUGGCUUCCUCACAGAAGCUGAGCUAAGUUGGUGGAUCCAGCAGUCUUUUAAGCAUUACGUUGUAGAAGAUGCAAAGAAACAAUUUGGUGAAUAUGACAAAGAUGGUGAUGGACAUGUAUCCUGGGAAGAAUACAAUAUUCAGAUGUAUGAUCGUGUAAUAGACUUUGAUGAUGAUACUACUUUGGAAGAUGCUGAAGAAGAAUCUUUUCGGCAGCUCCAUUUAAAGGACAAGAAGAGGUUUGAAAAGGCUAAUAGGGAUGGAACUUCUGGCCUGAAUCUAGAUGAAUUCAUUGCAUUUGAACAUCCUGAGGAAGCAGAAUACAUGAAGGAGUUUGUAAUUCAGGAGGCUUUGGAAGAACAUGAUAAAAAUGGUGAUGGAUUUGUGAGUCUUGAAGAGUUUCUUGGUGACUACAGAAGAGAUCCAACUGCCAGUGAAGACCCAGAAUGGAUACUCGUUGAGAAGGAUCGAUUUGCAAAUGAUUAUGACAAGGAUAAAGAUGGAACACUCGACUCUAAAGAGUUAUUAAGCUGGGUAGUACCUAAUAACGAAGGUAUUGCUCAUGAAGAGUGUAAAGAAUUCACUGUUCAUUCUGGAUAUGAUGCACUUCUACAGCGACUGCUGGAUGGGAGGAAGAUGUGCAAAGAUGUGGAGGACCUCAUCAAACAAAGGGCCCAAGCAGAAGAACGUUAUGGGAAGGAGCUGAUUCAAAUUGCUCGGAAAGCGGGAGGCCAAACAGAAAUCAACACUCUGAAGGCUUCGUUUGAAAUCCUAAAACAACAAAUUGAAAGUGUUGGGAACUCUCACAUCCAACUGGCAAUAAUGCUGAAGGAUGAACUGAAGGGCCUGGAAGAAUUCAGAGAAAGACAGAAGGAACAAAGGAAAAAGUAUGACAGCACAAUGGACCGAGUACACAAGAACAAGCUCACAAUGUACAAGAAGACCAUGGAGUCAAAGAAGUCUUAUGAGCAGAAGUGCAAAGAUGCCGAUGAGGCAGAACAGGCCUUUGAGAGGAUAAGUGCCGUGGGCAACCCGAAGCAAACAGAAAAGAGCCAGACCAAAGCAAAGCAAUGCAAAGAGGCAGCAAAUGAAGCAGAAAGGGUGUACAAACAGAACAUAGAAAUGCUGGAUCAGGCCAGGACUACCUGGGAGCAGGAACAUAUUGGCACUUGUGAGGCUUUUCAGCUCCAGGAAUACGACCGGAUCACCAUCCUCCGGAAUUCCCUGUGGGUCCAUUGUAAUCAGCUCUCCAUGCAGUGUGUGAAGGAUGAUGAGCUGUAUGAAGAGGUUCGACUGAGCCUGGAGAACUGCAACGUAGACUCGGAUAUGGAUUACUUUGUUCAGAAUAAAAUGACCGGGUUGGAGCCGCCAGCUGCAAUUGGCUACGAGAACUAUUAUGAAAGAGCAGUCGUGGCGAAAACCUGCAGCAGUCCGGUCCAAACAUGCGGGAUGAUGAAAAGAUUCUCUGGAUUGCUCCACGGAAACAAUCGAAACACCACAGACAGUAUUAUUCCUACAGCACCCCCAGCUGUAGAAAAACCAGAUGGCGUUUACGCAGCAAUCCAUGUGGCCCAAGAUGAUGAUGAUGUUGCCACAUCCCAGGACUACAGAGUGCUCUACGAUUACACAGCACAGAAUGAGGACGAACUGGAUAUUCAAGCAGGUGAUGUUAUAACCAUUGUUGAAGUGGGCAAUGAUGGCUGGUGGACUGCAGAACAGAAUGGAAAGCAAGGGUUUGUGCCUGGGUCCUACCUGGAGAAACUUUGAUGAGAACACCACCCUGGAACAUUUUGAUUUUUCCUUCUCCCUCCUCUAGAAAUGUCUAAACGAAAUUAACAUUUUCACUCCCUGUAAAACCUAUUAAAAUGAAGGCCUAUGGUAGACCACUUAACUUUA